AUUUCAAAAAAAAAACGCUCAAAAACAUUCAAAACAUUUAUUCUAGUUUAAAAAUUUAAUUAAUAGUUUACAGAUAUUGGACGAUGAAUACGUCAAAACAGAUAUCUCGAAUCCAACAAGAUUCUCCAGACACACCAUUAAGGCGAAGGUCAGCGCUGAAUGCAUCAACGCCGUUCCUUAACGAAUCUCAUCGAAAUGAAAGUGUACUAAAUGAUGACGAGGCUGAGAGAAGGAAAUCUAGAAGAGUCGAUCCUUCAGAUUCAGGCACAAACUUAUCAGAAGCCGCUGAUUCAUUGAAUAACUGCCUCAAACUUUAUGCAGAAAAUAAAAUAUGUAAAGACAAUGCUUGGACAUUGAAUAUCAUCGAUUCCUUCUCAAAAUUGAUCAAGAAGCAUCAUCAUUCAUUGUCAAAUUUUCAAGUUGCUGGAUCUACAUUAGAGGCAUCGGCCAAAGUUUACAGCCUUCGAGUAGACUCUGUUUACACGGAUGUCUUGCGUAUGAGUGCAGAUCUAUCCAGACAAACUGCAAAGGCACUAACAAAGAAGAAUCGGCUGAACCUUGAAGAGGAAUCAGACAGAGACGAUAAUAAUGAGGAUAAAGAAAAUCAAGAUGCCAAUAAUCAAGAUGGAGAGAAUCCAACACAAAAGCCAAAACAAAAAACGACAAAGAAGCGUAAACACGUUAGUACUGUGACAAAAAAUCCAGAAACUCUAAAUGGACGCUUGGAUACACAUCCUUUAGUAGAUCCAUUUUUCGCUAAAUUAAAUUCAAUGGUUGGUGACAUAAACAGCUCACAGCGACUUAUGCAAAACAUAAUUCCAACAAAAGACUCAAAUUUAAAGCUUCGACAGAAUGUAAAGAUUUGGGAUAGUCAGGAGGAGGUGGAUGUAACACUUGACGACGACUUCAGAUAUACAGAUGAGAAUUCAGACAUCUAUCAAAUUAAUUCGAUAUCAGGGAGUGUAGCAAAUGCUGUCUUAAGAACGGAAUUAAAGCAUUAUCGCAUUUGUGAUAUUCCAAUGGAGAAUGCCGAGGAAGCAAAUGUAAGCAUGCAUAUUGAUAAUAAUGACUUGAAUAUGUCAGUUGGACGAAAUGCAUCACAUAUUGGGUUACAAUUCGAUAUUAAUGCUGAAAUUGAGCCAAUACAAACUGAAAAAUCAUUUGUCAUAGAUUUUGGGGACAUGAACGACAAUGAUUUUGAGGAUAUUGGUGAGGAAGAGAUGGUUGCUUUAGAACGGUGUAAAGGCCUUAAAAGACAACCAAUAAUGAUUGAAGAUAUGCAGCCUGAUUCAGUUUUACAUCUUGAAUAUUCUUAUCGACCACUCGACAUGAUUGAUCAAUUUUGGGCUGGUCCGUCGCAUUGGAAAUUCAGACAAAGUCGUCGAACGCAUGCCACAAGUAUUGGUGGACGUAGUACUCUAAAUCGCGACUCUGCUGCUUCAAAUCAAGUAUUUACGACAGCACAAAAGCCAAAAAUAUCAAGAAAAAAGAAAAUAAUAAAGAAAUCAGAAAUAGGCAUUGAAGAUCUAUUAAAGAUUGAAGAUGAUGACUUGAUAUCGCCAAUAACAAAAAAAACGAAAGGAAAUCAAUUGACAACACAUGUUAUGGUCAAAAAAUGGGACAGUAAAAAGCUGAAACUUCCAACUGAUUUUCGAGUUCCAAAUGAGACAUUUGAUUCGUUCGCACAUGCUAUAUCGAUUCACAUCGCGACAAAUCCAGACGCAACAUUUACAUGCAAUGAUGACGAAAGCCCGUACGAUUACGAUAAUGAAAAUGAUCGUAACUAUUGUAGUCGAUUAGAAGUUCAAUCAGAUACAGAGACAGAAACAAAUACAGAUAUUGGACAGCUUGAUAAUAAUAUGGAAUUCGAUAAUGUUGAGAUGCCUCCACCUCCAGUUCCCGAUGAAAUUCCAGACUUUUAUGUCGGAGCACCAGAAAGAAUUGAAAAAAUUAAUAUUGCCUUUGCUAAACGUGCCAAAGUUGUGGAUAUGAAGCAGCUUAAACUUUGCAGUUGGAAUUUAAUAAGUCGUAAGAAUGUAGCAGAUCCUUUACAUCAUCCACAUUUUGCUGAUAUCCUAAAGGACUUGCCAAAAAUGUUGAACAAAACUAUGGCUGAAAAUAUGAGCAUGCCUCUUGCAUUUUAUGCUAUUCUUCAUCUUUGCAACGACAAAGGUUUACUUUUGGAACAGAAUAAUAACGAUUUGAAAGAUUUUGAGAUUAUACAAGUUGAUUAGAUUUUUUAUAGACCCAUUCAAUAUAUCGAAUAUUUUAGUCUUAGAAAAUAAAGGACAAUUUUUUUUUUGUUAAGCAUUUAAGAAAAGUCAAAGGAGAAUAAGAAACGCGAAGAUUCCAUUUCUGUGUGCAAUUCGCGUUAUAUACCUACCUAUAUAAAUACAUUUUUUGUAAGUUUAUUUUAUACUGCAACUAUCUACAAUUAGUAAUAAUAAAGUUUUUGGCCUUAACAUCAUCAGACUUCUUAUUGCUUAACAAUUUUCAAGAU